AUGGUGGCGGAGCCAUGGAUACGGAAAAUGGGAAACCAGGUAAGCUCCAAUCUCAAGCAUGCUUUUGUUCUUGAAACUUCCAAUAAAGCAUACAAAAAACAAGACCAGCCCAAAGAGACUAUUGGGAUUUUAUCUUUCGAAGUAGCUAAUGUGAUGUCCAAAACAGUUCAUCUCCACAAGUCUUUAACUGACUCAGAAAUCUCGAAGUUGAAAAAUGAGGUUUUGAAGUCCGAUGACAUUAAGACCCUCAUAUCUAGACAUGAAACCCACCUCCUGGAGUUGGUUUUAGCUGAAAAGCUUGAUGAAUUGAACUGGGUGGCUGGGGUGGUCUCAAGAUUGGGGAAGAAAUGUACCAUUCCUGCACUGCAAGGGUUUGAGCAUGUGUAUGGGGAUAUAGUGAGUGGAGGGAUAAAUGUGAGGGAAUUGGGGUUUUUAGUGAAGGAUAUGGAGGGGAUGAUGAGGAAAAUGGAGAGGUAUGUUAACUCAACGGCGAGUCUUUAUCGUGAAAUCGAGGUGUUGAAUGAAUUGGAACAGACCACCAAGAAGUUUAAGCAGAAACAAUUUGAAGUAAAUCGGAAGACGUUUGAGCAGAAAAUGGUGUGGCAGAAACAAGAUGUGAGGCAUUUGAAGAAUGUUUCAAUUUGGAACCAGACAUAUGAUAAGGUUGUAGAGUUGUUGGCUAGGACAGUGUGUACUAUUUAUGCACGGUUUUGUUUGGUGUUUGGGGACGCAAUUUUGAGCCAGGAGUUCACUGGUGGCCCUGUUUCAGGGGCACAGUUUGAUUUUACUGGGAAUUUACUUUAUAUGAAGCAAGAAUGUGACAAGAAAUCUGGUCAGAUUGAUUUACAAUGCAAAGUUCAGAUCGGUGCUGAGUUGACAAAGCCAGUCUUGAGGAACGAUAAUAGUUACUGUUAUUCGGGGCUGAUUGAGAGGAACAUGGUGAAGAAGAAGGGAAUUAGGCCUCAAGUAGAGUCGCAGAGGGGUGAAAUAGGGUUGUUUAGGCCAAAGGGUUUUAAUGUUGCCUGUGGAAUGGGACCAGGGAGGCUUUUUAUGGAGUGCUUUAGUUUGAGUACUUCUGCUUCAAAAGUGGAUGAUGAUGUUGUCUAUGAUGACCGAACUAGUCAAAUUUCAGGUUGUUGUAGUAUUGGAAGUGAUGGGAAUAGAGAGCGCCCUAAUUAUUCGGGUUGCUUUAAUCACUCCCAAGUAGGUGUUCCUUUGAGUGUAGAGCAAGGGCAGUUCAAGGUUCGUGUGACAAACAGUGCAAAAUUUUGCCCCAACACUGUUGGAGGCUCUGCUUUAGCCUUUCAUUAUGCAAAUGUGAUAUUAGUCAUUGAGAAGCUGCUUUGCUACCCACAUUUGGUUGGUGAGGAAGCUAGAGAUGAUCUGUAUCAUUUGUUACCUACAAGCUUUAAAAAAACUUUGAAGGCUAAUCUUAAGUCUCAUGUGAAAAACUUGGUGAUAUAUGACUCCCUUCUUGCCCAUGAGUGGAAAGAGAGGCUUGAUGAGAUAUUGAGGUGGCUUGGACCAAUGGCACACAACAUGAUCAGAUGGCAAAGUGAGCGUAAUUUUGAGCAGCAACAAAUUGUGACGCAGACAAAUGUUCUUCUGCUCCAGACAUUAUAUUUUGCUGAUAGAGAAAAAAUGGAGGCAGCUAUCUGUGAGCUUCUUGUUGGUUUGAAUUAUAUAUGCCGUCAUGAGCAUCAGCAAAAUGCUUUGUUGGAUUGUGCAAGCAGUUUUGAUUUUGAUGACUGCAUGGAGUAGCAACUGCGGUAUUCAACUUCUUAUCAUUCUUAAUUACACUGCAAGAAGGGAAUACAUGGGUGAUGGUUGGAUUUUUCUUACAUUCCAACACUUGUAUGAUAAGGAAUAAGGAUAGAUGAUAGUUGAACAAGAU